AUGGGUGGGGGUGGGCAUGGGCUGUGGGGACCAAUAGAUGAAUGGGCAGCUGGAGAAGGAUGGUGUGGUCUGGGGUCUGACAGCACUGGCCCCAUCACAGUGAGGUCAGCUGGUGGUGACGGAGAUGCCUUGUGCGUUACGGAAGAGGAACUGGCUGGUGAAGACGAGGACAUGCCGACCUUUCCAUGCGCCCAGCAGGGCCGGCCAGGGCCCCGCUGCAGCCGCUGCCAGAAGAACCUGUCACUGCACACGUCGGUGAGGAUCCUUUACCUCUUCCUGGCCCUGCUCCUGGUGGCUGUGGCCGUGCUGGCCUCUCUGGUUUUCAGGAAAGUGGACUCUCUCUCAGAAGAUCUGUCCUUGGCCCAGUCCAUUUACGAGAGGAAGCUUGUGUCGAUGGAGGAGAAUCUUCGGGGACUGGAUCCGAAAGCCCUGGACAACUGUUCUUUCUGCCACGAAGCUGGGCAACUGGGGCUAGAGAUCCAAAAACUGCAGGAGGAGCUGGAGGGGAUUCAGAAGAUGCUCCUGGCCCAGGAGGCUCAGCUGGCCCAGACCUCUCGGGCCCAUGAACUGCUGUCUACCACCAGCAGUCAGAUCUCCCAGGAGAUGGGCAGCUGUUCCUUCUCCAUCCACCAGGUCAACCAGUCUCUGGGGUUCUUCCUGGCCCAGGUGAGGGGCUGGCAGGCCACCACAGGCAACCUGGACCUCUCUCUGAAGGACCUCACCCAGGAGUGCUAUGAUGUCAAGGCUGCUGUGCACCAGAUCAACUUCACUGUGGGGCAGACGUCCGACUGGAUCCACGGGAUUCAGCGCAAGACGGACGAGGAGACCCUGACCCUCCAGAAGAUCGUCACGGACUGGCAGAACUACACCCGGCUCUUCAGCGGCCUGCGCACCACUUCCACCAAGACGGGGGAGGCGGUCAAGAACAUCCAAGCGGCGCUGGGCUCCUCCUCACAGCGCAUCAGCCAGAACUCGGAGAGCAUGCACGACCUGGUGCUGCAGGUCAUGGGCUUGCAGCUGCAGCUGGACAACAUCUCGUCCUUCCUGGACGACCACGAAGAGAGCAUGCACGAUCUCCAGUACCACACCCGCUACGCCCAGAACCGCACCGCAGAGAGGUUCGAGUCCCUGGAGGGACGCAUGGCAUCGCAUGAGAUCGAAAUCGGCACCAUCUUCACCAACAUCAACGCCACCGACAACCACGUGCACAGCAUGCUCAAGUACCUGGACGACGUGCGGCUGUCCUGCACGCUGGGCUUCCACACGCACGCCGAGGAGCUCUACUACCUGAACAAGUCCGUCUCCCUCAUGCUGGGCACCACGGACCUGCUCCGGGAGCGCUUCGGCCUGCUCAGCGCCCGGCUGGACUUCAAUGUCCGGAACCUCUCCAUGAUCGUGGAGGAGAUGAAGGCCGUGGACACGCAGCAUGGAGAAAUCCUUCGCAAUGUCACCAUCGUCCGAGGUGCCCCCGGCCCUCCAGGACCAAGAGGACUCAAAGGCGAUGUGGGCGUGAAAGGGCCUGCUGGUGGCCGAGGACCUAAAGGCGACCGUGGUGGCUUGGGACCCCCAGGACCCCAGGGUCCUCAGGGGCACCCCGGAGAGGCUGGACCUAUGGGAGAGGAGGGGCCGAUUGGCCCUCGGGGAUUCCCAGGCCUCAAAGGCUCAAAGGGCAGCUUUGGAACUGGAGGGCCAAGAGGACCACCAGGCCCCAAAGGGGAUGUGGGGCCCCCAGGGCCAGAGGGGCCCCCUGGGUCCCCAGGGCCACAGGGGCCUCAGGGAAAACCAGGGAUUGCAGGGAAGACAGGUUCCCCAGGCCAGAGGGGGGCCGUGGGGCCUAAGGGUGAGCCAGGGAUCCAGGGUCCACCUGGCCUCCCCGGGCCCCCAGGCCCACCAGGAAGUUAGAGUGCCUACUGAGGAGGGUCGCUGGCCCACACACGGCCACACAGGGUGCCAGAGGGGGCUCAGCUUGAGCGUCCCAGAAAGCCUCUCCAACAGACAAUUAUGAUUCUUCUAUU